GGCUGUCUGAACUCUGUUUGCGGCGCGGCCAACUGACUCUGCAUCCUCGUCUGCUUCUUCCCACCGCUGCCCGCUGCCCGCUGCUGCUGCUUCUGCUGCCCCGCCUUCUCCAAUACGCCGACCGACCAUGGCGGUUAGCGAAACCACUGCCACCCCCGACACCCCCGACACCGUGAUACUCGGCUGCGGCAUCAUUGGCCUCUGUGCUGCCUACUACCUGACCGCAGACGAAAACACCAAUCCACGCAGUAUCCAUCUGGUCGACUCCAGCCCAGAGCUGUUCCGCUGCGCGUCGGGCCUCGCCGCUGGCUUCCUGACUGCUGAUUGGUUCGCACCAUCCGUAUCCUCGCUCGGGACCCUCUCGUUCAAGCUCCACGCCGACCUCGCAGCUGCCCACGCCGGCCGCGAAACAUGGGGCUACGCACCGUCGACAGGCAUCUCGCUCUCGCAAGACAGCGAGUCGGAAUCUGCCAUUGCCGGUAGCGGCGAAGACUGGCUGGAGAAUGGAACAAGCAGGGCGCAAAUGGCAAGCAACCGGCCAAAGGAAGAGCAAUCCACGCGCCCAGGCUGGCUUCGACGCACACACGAGGGCAUCAUGGAAGUCAUCAGCCGCGAUGGCACGACGGCCCAGCUCGACCCGUUGCGAUUCUGCCAGUGGGUCCUGAAAGAAGUCAAGGCACGAGGCGUGAACGUGCAUCAUCCUGCGCGGGCAACCCAAGUAGUCAAGGACCAGAAUGGCGUGCUGUGCGGCAUACGGUUACAAACGGGCGAAGACGCGACAUCGCAGACAGAGUUACCGUGCACCCGCCUUGUAAUCUCCUCAGGCGCCUGGUCCCCCCGCCUCUUCAGCACCCUCUUCCCCACUUCCAAAUCUCGCAUCCCCAUUUCCCCGCUAGCCGGCCACUCGCUGCUCGUGCGGAACCCGCACUUCAAGCCCGACCAGCUCGACAAGGAAGUCUGCCACGCCGUCUUUGCCACGGAUACCCUGGGCUUCUCGCCAGAAUGGUUUGCAAGACUCAACGGCGAACUGUACCUGGGCGGUCUGAAUAGUACCACGGUUCCCCUGCCGGAUAUAGCCACCGAUGUGAAAGUGAGCGAGAAGGCAAUUGAGCAGAUGCGCCAGUGUGCACAGGUCAUGUUGUUGGCUGUGCCGGGCAAGGAGAUGGAGGUUCUGAGAGAGGGACUGUGUUUCCGCCCAGUUACAUCCAGCGGCCGCCCCAUUGUCGCGCGGAUACCAGACGAGAAACUAGGUGACGUGAAAACGAAAGAGGGUGCUCAAGGAGGCGUCUUCAUUGCCGCUGGUCAUGGUGCCUGGGGUAUUUCGCAUGCCCCAGGUACCGGCCUGGUGCUUUCCCAACUUAUGCAGGGAAAACCUACCAGUGCAAAUGUAGAGGCCUUGGAGUUGCCUGCGUAGUCGUGCAUUAUUUGUCAACUUGCAUUUGUUGUAUUAUAUGCCCCCAUGUUGAAAAUUAAAGUCAUUUUCACCAAAACAGUUACUCGCAAUACAAGAUGG